AUUUUGCUUUAGGCUGCGAUUGGUUGGAUUUUGAUAACAAUACCUGUGGAGUAGGUACCGUAAGUGAUUCUAAACGAUGGCGUGUUGUGCAAUACCUGGAUGCCAUAACUCACAGAGACAUAAAGGAGGAAGGUCUAUGUUUCGUCUACGUCGGCCUGACCUGGCAAGAACUCCUGGUGAAAGAAUACAUCGUCAAAGGCUGACUAAUGUUAUGCUCUCGAUUCGGGAUUUCACAAAGGGCGAUAACAUUAAGAAUUUGAUACACAAAGAAAGUUGUCAUAUUUGUGAUAAUCAUUUUGCGAAGGAAGAUAUUUUGAGAGUACCAAACAAAACGAGUCUUAGACUUGGAGCGAUGCCAACAAAGAAUAUGCCAGUCCCACAAUGUAGCGCACCGGGAUGCCAUCACCCAAACGGUUUUAGAUUUCCGAAGAGAAUGAGGAUUAAAAAGAAAUGGAUCGAAGCCAUAAACAAUGCAGGAGAUUUUGGCAAAAGGAAAUGGAAACCUAAUAGCAAAUCUAAUGUUUGUUAUCAGCAUUUUCUGAGAGAGGAUUUCUGCUGUGAUGAGUCAGGAAAGAUACUCAAAGCGCUCAAACCUACUGCAGUACCUUCUAUAUUCAACACCUACGACGUGGAAUUAAACUAUGUUAAAUUAACGAUUGCUAAACCUCCGUUAGAACCAAAAAUGAAACCCAAAACAGUUCAAGAGCUACCUGUUUCCUCAGUUUUUCAAGAUGGUGAGCAAGCACAUGUCAAUAAUGUUGUAAUAGACUUGACAAAGGACACACCGAGCCCAGAUAUAGUUGAAAAACUAUUCAUCACAAAUAUUAGAGGCUCAAAUGAAAUACCACUUUCGAACGGACAUACGGGUAUAAACUCAAACAAUGCAGAUAUCACAGAAAAUACCAAUCUGGAAACUACGGACUUUUUCAAAGUGAUUAGCAUUGAAGACACAAAAUCGAACACAAAUUCUGAACAAGCACCCCCAAAUACUGAACCGUUGAGUGGCAACAAUUCUUUACAUAAGACUGUGGAGCCAAUUCCCAUCGACAAGAAAAAUGGAAUAAAUGAAAAUCAAAUGGUAUCUGCUAACCCAUAUUCGGAUAUUACCCAACAGACUAAUGGGGGCUUGGGUAACAAUUUUGAAAGAAAUAUGGACUCCAUGCCUUUAAUGUCAUCACAGAAAGAUACCUUCCCCAGUCCGCUAUUGAAGACUCCGGUGAGGCCCGCCAAUGCAAGCAAUAUUAGUGAGUCCUGCUUAGCGAAUGGAAAUCAAAUUAGAAAUUGUGAAACUAAUAUAGACCAAAAAUAUGUGAAAUACUCCCCGAAACAUACUGUGCUAUUGAAGUCACAUGGCCUACCUUUGACCAAUGGUUUGAGGGUUGAAAACCAGAUGGAAGGGAGCCUAAGUAGCAAUUGUGAAACAAGUGUCGUUCAAACAUCUACUACGUACUGUCAAAAAAAUGCUAUCAUAUCAAAUUCGCCUUCUUUAAAUAACCCAACAGACCUUGUCGAAGCACCGCAUAAUCCAAGUAUCCAACAGUCUCAUAAUGAAGCGAAUAUUGAACAAAUGGAUAUAGCGGAAGAAAACACAUUAAAUUCAAAGCUAAAUGUUCUGGCAGGUGAUAAAGAGCCAUCACUGACAGCCCAAAAAAUUGAAAUAGAAAAGGGCAAAGAAUCAUUAAUGGAAUCAGAAACGUCUAACGGUAAUACAGUUCAAUCUGCACCAGCAAAUGAAAAUUCGGAAUGCGCAACUUUAGAUAUUUUACUUGAAAAUUCUGCAAUUGAGACUGACAAUUAUGCAGUCAGUAAUAAAAUAAGAGUAACAAAUUUGAACCGAGUACCUGUGACUUCCAAGACUGUGGAUAAUGGAAUUCAGAGUCAAUCCACUUUAUCAAUACAAGCUAAAACUGACUUUUUGUCAUCCCAGAAUUUUUUGAUUGGGUUCGCAGGACAUGAAAAGGGGUCUGAUCAAGACAGUUCAGCUUUUAACGCUGAUAUUAUAAAAGAUAUGCAGAAUACUGAAAUGGAGAUUGACAAUACUGCAGCUAGUAAUGAAAUAAGUUUAACAGAUCCGAACCAAAUACCCUUGUAUGGUAAUAAUGUGAAAAGUGCGAUUCAUAAGCCGUCUUCUUUACCAAUGCAAGCUGAAUCUAACUUUUCGUCAUCCCAAAAUUUUGGAGGGUCUGAUCCAAAUAUUUUGAAAUUGAAUAUUGACGUAACAGAUAUGGCUGCAGAACAUACAAUACAGGCUGGCACCUAUUUUAUGCCUUCCCAAAAUCAUAGAAGCGAGUCCACAGGGCAUAGAAAAAGCCCAGAUCCAGAUAUUUCAAAAUCGAAUACUGAUAUGAUUGCAGAUACUGAAGGUUUUGUGGAAGCAAAUAGCCAUUUACCAUCGGACACCCUUCAGAUAUCAAAAGAUCUCAAUGAAAAAUUGUGGCAAAGCUACCAAAAAAGCAAUGAUCAUAAUCUUCCAGAAAUGGUGCAUAAAAAUUCUGAAGGCUCAGCCUUGAUUGUUAAUGGGAAAAAAGGAAAUUUGCUGUUACAACAAACACUGUGCAAUGUGGCAUUUACAAAUUUUAAAAUGAACAAACAAAAAACGCUUGGAAAUUUAUCAGGUAAAAAAAUAAUAAUUGGAAAGCCUGAUGAUGAAACUUUGAUUUCCUUACGAAAGAGGACGGUACAGAAACCUCAAUGUGAGGAGAAAUUUGAUAAAUCGCAGGCCUAUUCUGUGGGUCACGAAAUCAAGGAAUACUCUGCGCUUCUGAAAAAAGUAUCAAUGGAUAACGGUGAAGACCCAUGUGUAUUGAUGCCCAUACCUGGGACAGACCCCCAAAUAUAUCUACCAAAAAAUUUAGAAAAUUCUUUGUAUUCUGUCCUGUUGGCAAACGGAAUAUCAGAAAAAGAGUGCAUUUUACAACGAUUGGAAUCCCUUGGUGGAGAUAUGAGAACCUUAACUGGCUUUGAUAGCUAUGAGCACUUUGAUUUAUUUUUUAACAUGCUUGGCCCAUUAGCGUUAGAAAUGACUUCCAAAGCGUUAAAAUCGCGCGAGCAACUUUUCUUGGUUCUUGUUAAAUUAUCUGGUGCGAAAUCUGACAUUGAAAUAUCUAAAGCGCUUAAAAUCGGGCCCACCAGUGUUCGAAUAAUUUUUGAACGAUGGGAAGAAUUCAUGUUGAAUCAACUACAAAGCGUGUUGGGAACGCAGAAAACUGAGUGGAUGUCUGGCAUUUGAGGGGGUUAUGUUGCUCGAAGCAAAGUCGAGAGCCCUCAACUAAAAGUGAAAAGAGUACUGAUAGAAGAGUUGCAGGUUUGCUCAAAGCAACGUCUCAACCCCACAACUAAAAGUGGAAAGAGUACUGAUGGAAGAGUUGCAAGUUUGGUCUAAACGAUGUCCCAAGCCGUCAACUAAAAGUGGAAAGAGUACUACUGGUAGAAGAGUUGCAACUAAUAUUAUAGGGGCUUUAACACAAAUUCAGGCUUGUGAGACUGCCUAUAUAUAACAAUGCUUAUUGCUCCAUUUUUUAUGCUUUUUUACAUUUUGUUUGUUUUGUUCAUUUAAGAAUUUUCCACUGUGAUCAAUGCUGGGUUAUAUUUUUCUUAGUUGGGCGAAGUCCGAUGUAUUUUUUUUUUAUUUGGAGUGAUGGAGUUAAAGUAGGGGUUUCGCGUAGAGCGCUGAGUGGAGUCUGGUUCGCUUCUGUGCACGUUAAUUGAAUAGAUUUGUUUUGUAUUGUA